UUUGCCACGACGGGUCUUUUUCGCGUCAUUCUUUGAAAUUGUUAAAUUAAAAUCCCAAAUACAGAGAGCUGUUUAUCUGACGAUUCGAAAACGGUCGUGCGUGCCUAAUAUAACAAAUAUUUAAGCUGGAAUAUAGAAUUUUGCAUCUUUGUGUAGCCAAUUUCCAUCAUUCCGAUUACUCGCGUGUCAUUUUUCAAUCUUAUGCAAUUACACAAAAAAAAAACAAGAAAACUAAAUUUGUAGUAAAUAUGUGUGUUAUUCUAGCAAUCUAAAUAAAUUUGCCCAAAAUAGAAAUAUUGUGAAAAAAAUUGCACACCCUUGAACGUGAAUUGCAAUUCGUUCUGGCCGCUGAGGCGUCUAUUUUUACAUGUGUGCAACAAACAAAGAAUAUAAAAAGAUAAUUGUAUCACAUUACUCUGGUUGGUUAGAGAUCUAUUGAAUGACGAAAGUAUUCUCUACAAAAAGGUACCUCGUUCUCUUCGAAAAAUGAGUCUAGAUUUUUUGGAAAACUUAUCAAGCGACUACGAAAAUGCCUUGGUCCUGGCUGGUUUCGGAAAAUUUCAUUUCAUGUUACUAGUGAUAUGCGGUUUGAUUUAUUUAAAUACCGCUAUAGGUGUAACUAUACUAUCAUUUGUUCUUCCUUCGGCCACAUGUGAUUUUUUCAUGACAUCUGAGGAUAAGGGUUGGCUUUCAGCAUCUCCAAUGCUUGGAAUGUUAAUCGGUUCCUAUUUUUGGGGUUGUCUUGCUGAUACCAAAGGCCGUAAAAUUGUGCUCGUAGCAACCCUUAUUGCCGAUGGGGUUUGCGGCCUGUUGUCAUCGAUGGCUCCGUACUAUAUAAUAUUUUUAUGUAUGCGCUUCAUAAAUGGAUUUAACGUAGCUGGCACAAUGGGGAUAGUGUUUCCAUACUUAGGUGAAUUUCAGCCCACAAAAUACAGAGAAAAAAUCUUAUGUUGGAUGGAAUUAUUCUGGACUUUUGGCGUAAUUAUACUUCCAGGUAUAGCGUGGUUCGUUAUUCCACUUGAACUAAAACUAGAGUAUGGAAUUUUAUUCUACCAUAGUUGGAACCUUUUUGUUGCAAUUUGUGCGGUACCCAGUCUAUUACUUGGCUUGUGGCUGCUUGCAUUUCCCGAAAGUCCGAAGUUUUUGCUCGAGCAUGGAGAAUGCGAAAAGGCACUGCAAAUACUUGUGUAUAUGUUCGUAAGAAAUACAGGUCGAAAACCAGAGGAAUAUCCAUGCAAAAGUCUGAUCGAACCUAUGCGGAAUACCGACAGAUCUCGAGACAAAAGUGUGAGGUCGUUGAGCUUACGAAAACCUGAUGAGCUGAAGAUAUUGAUUUCUGAAAUCUGGUUACAUACGAAAACUCUUUGUAAAAGACCAUAUCUUCGAAAUACUGCUCUGACAUGCGGGAUUCAAUUUUGCUUGACAACAAGCUACUAUACGCUGAUGGUGUGGUUUCCAGAAUUGUUUCAUCGAUUCGAUGACUUCGAACGAAUGCAUCCGGGAGUUGAAGCCUCAGUGUGUGACGUUUCACCUGUCUUUGUCGGAGAUUCGUCAUUUUCAUCCUGCGAUUCAACUAUAGAUAAAAAAGUAUAUUUACAUACUGUUAUUAUUGGAUUAGCAUGUAUACCUACUAGCUUCUGGCUGCCGUUGUGUGUACAUCGUUUAGGAGUAAAAUUCUUUCUUGUGUUUAGUUUAACGGUGGCUGGAUUCAUAACAGUUGGUUUGUAUUUUGUACGAUCUUCAAGGGAAAAUCUCAUUCUUUCGUGCGUUUUCGAAGCGCUUACCUCGUUAAGUAUAAGCACUGUUUACUGUGUAAUGGUUGACCUAUUUCCGACAAAUUUAAGGGUGAUGGCAGCUGCAAUGUCUAUGACAUUUGGUCGUAGCGGCGCACUUUUGGGGAAUUUGAUAUUUGGUUUCUUGAUUGAUCUGAAUUGUAUUAUUCCCAUUGUUGUAUUUUCCGCAAUGUUAUUAAUCAGUGCAUUGUUAUGCUGGAUGCUACCGACAACGGGCGCAGCAGCUUUAGACUAAAAACCUGGAAGACAGCUUUAAGCUUACAAAUAGACAGCCAACGAUGUUGUGGUACCCUUCGACGACUUCAGGGCAUUUACAUGCGACAAAAUAUAUGUAACUCUAAACAUGUUUUCACAUAUUAGUACCGAACUGUAUUUGGUUACAAAUUAGAUAAAGAGCUAAUAAAAUACGCAAAACAAAACAAAAGACGACUUCUCAAGUACCGUGUCACUUUGGCCCAAACGAA